AUGGGUGAUGUUGAGAAAGACAAGAAGAUUUUUGUUCAGAAGUGUGCCCAGUGGCACACCAUGGAAAAUAGAGGCAAGCACAAGACUGGGGCUAAUCUCCAUGGUCUCUUUGGACAGAGGACAGGUCAGGCUGUUGGAUUCUCUUACACAGAUGUCAAUAAGAACAAAGGCAUCACCUGGAGAGAGGAUAUCCUGAUGGAGUAUUUGGAGAAUCCCAAGAAGUACAUCCCUGGAACAAAAAUGAUCUUUGCUGGCAUUAAGAAGAAGGCAGAAAGGGCAGACUUAAUAGCUUAUCUCAAAAAAGCUACUAAUGAAUAA